AUGUCUCCUUCCACAUCUCCCCGGUUCUUCACGGAGAGGGAGGUGACCCGACACUGUACCAAGGACUCAUGCUGGGUACUACUGGGGACCCGGGUGUACGACGUGACCGCCUUUUUGCGGAUGCAUCCUGGAGGGGAAGCGCUGAUACUUCGCCGGUCGGGAAAAGACAUAAGCAGGGAGAUGGAGGGACCCCCGCAUAGACACUCGGAGAACGCCCGACGGUGGAUGGAGCAAUACUACAUCGGAGAGUUGGCCCGAGAAAGCGACAAGGACAACGACGCACUGGAGCUCACGAAUCUGACUGAGAGGAGAAACACCAGUAAACAGACGAAAGGAAAAAAAGAAAAGGCUGUCGCAACAGAGAAAUAUGACCACCAGAAGGUGGUCAAUCUCUGCAGCUCUGUGGACCUUGAAAACGAUUUGGUGGAUUGGAGGAAGCCCCUGGCGUGGCAGGUAGGCCAUUUGGGAGAGAAAUACGAUGCUUGGGUUCAUCAGCCAGUCGACAGGCCUAUCCGACUGUUCGGGAACCCUUUCCUUGAGGCGAGCACCAAAACGUCCUGGUAUUGGGUGCCAGUGGUGUGGCUUCCUCUUGUAUGCUAUCUUAGUUGGUCUUGCUACAGCACCCUGGCAAAGGGCACCGAGAGAAUAGCGAUCACCUCAGACUUCUCUUUCAUGGUCCAUAAGUACAGUUUCCCCCUGCUCUUCAUGAUGGGCUGGUUCUUGUGGUCCUUCAUCGAGUACUGCAUCCAUCGCUUUGUCUUUCACAUGAAACCGCCAGCUCAUAACUACUACCUCAUCACGCUACACUUUCUCCUACAUGGACAGCAUCACAAGUCUCCAUUUGACGGCUCCCGACUUGUCUUCCCACCCGGAUUGGCCUCUUUUGUUGUUGGGACUUUCUACAUGGUCCUCAAUGGUCUGCUGCCAGAAAUUGUCGGCAUGUCCAUGUUCGUCGGGGGGCUGUGCGGCUAUGUGGUGUACGAUAUGAUCCACUACUACCUUCACUAUGGGUCGCCAAAGAAAGGAUCUUACAUGUACAGCUUGAAGGCCUACCACGUCAAACACCACUUUGAACACCAGAGAGCAGGUUUUGGAAUCAGCACCGCAUUCUGGGACCACCCUUUCAACACAGUCAUUCCUGAUGAGAAGUUUGAACCCUGA